AUGUUUGAGAAAAUACUUUAGCGAAUUUUAUUCACAUAUUUUGGUAAAUUCAUCACAGGCUUCGAUUAAACAAAUUUACAAUUAGGAAUUUGGAAUGGAAACGUAGUUAUUGAAAAUGUGGCUUUGAAGUAGGAGAUAUUUGCAGAUUUGGAAUUACCAUUAGAAUUGAAAUUCAGUUCAAUAGGCAGAUUAAUUUUAAAAAUACCCUGGAAUAAAUUGUCAUCUGCUCCUGUGGAAGUGGCAUUAGAGAAUAUUCUGAUUGUAUUUAAAGAGAUACCUGAAUAACGAUUGAAUAAUGACGAUUCUAUAUAAAUUAAAAGAAAAUUUAGUAGAUUAUUGGACAAGGUCAAAUCGAGCAUUAAUUUUAAAAAGAAGGAUCAAAGAGAGGAUACUGGUUAUUUCGAGAAAUUAACUUUAAAAGUGAUUGAUAAUCUAUAGAUAUCUCUACAAAACAUUCAUUUUCGUUUCGAAGAUUAACGCUAUUCUUGGGGAAUCAAAAUGGAUUCAUUGACAGCCUUGACAACUAACGAUGAAUUUGUUGUUUCCUUUGUAGAUAGAAGCAAUAAGGACACAAAGUUAGCACCAAAAAAUAAAUUAAUAAAGUUGUCGUAACUACAAUUUUAUUGGAAUGCUAAAGAAACAACUUUUAUAUCAGAUGAUAUCGCUUUUGAAUAACUUACUAAUUUCGAUUAAGUCAUUUAAAUUAGUGCUUUAUGCAAGUUGAUAAUAAAUCAUAAGGAGAGAUUUGAUUAAGCCAAUUACCUUUUAGAUGUGCAAUUGGAAGAAAUCAAUGUAAACAUAAAGCAUACUCAAUUAAUUUAAAUAAUUUAAUUUUUGGAAUUGAUCUCCAAUUAUGAGAGGAGAGUUUGGUCACAAAAAUAAGAUGUAAUGCUAUCGGAUAUCAAUAUUUAUUAAUAAGAAUUUUGUGAUGUCUUUCUUUUGUUUUUGAAGAAUGAUUGGAAAGAAAUCGAGCAAUUAGGUGAUGUGGAUCAGAUACUUCAAUUUAAACAAGCAAUUAGAUUUGUUACUUUUAAAUAAUUGGAAUCAUGGAGUCAAAUAGCAUAAAAAAAAUAUUUGUUAGAUUUGAAAGUGUAGGAGUAUCAAAGACAGAAAUAAAAGAAGGGGUGGUUCAAUUUUUUGGGUGGACAAACACAAGAAGAAAUUUCUGAUACUGAAUUAAAGUAAUUGGAAGAGGAAAUAGACAAUGAGGAAACAAGCCUAGUGAGCAGACCUUCAGAAUCUUUGAAGUUAAAAUUCAUUGCUAAGUUAAAGAAGGCAUAGAUCCAAUUAAUUAAAGAUAAUAAUCCAUUGUAGGAUGAGGGAAUAGUCAAAUAAUUUGAAUAUAUAGAAAUAGAAUGGACUUAAAGUGAGAACAAAGAUUUUGCGUUUUCUACGAUCAUUAAGAGCAUCAGUUUGUAAUUGAUAAGAAAUAAAUAAUUUGAAGUUAUUUGUUAACCUACCUAGGAGACAAAUGAAUUUUUGAAGUUUUCGAUAACGUAAACAACUACCUCCAAGAUUUGCAAACUCGAUUUCAGAUUUCUGAUGCAGAGUUUAACAAUUAAUUAUAAUCCUUGUAUAAUUAGGAUUAUAAGGGAAAUCACAGAAGUCAAGAAAGGAGACUAUGUAGAACAGACAUUGAAAACAGCCACAUGGAAUUAAAUUGAGAAAAUAUAAGACUCAACGGAAUCUACCUUUAAAAAUAUUUUAUAGUCAAACAUCCAAUUAGAAAUUGAUGUUAAGAUUUUGGAACCCAUAUUGGAAUUAUCAAUUAAUAGCAAUGAGUUUUGGCUGGUCAAGAUGGAUAGCUUCUACAUUCGUACCAUACCCAUUAAUCCUGAAGAUUUAUAUGAGAAUUUUGAGAUCACUUUUAGCAAUUUCAAAUUUUUAUAUUAUCCAGAGAGAUUUGGUAAUCAAACUUUGCAGAUCUUGAAUGAUUAUAAUCUAAUAGUAUAAAUCUAAAGAUUGCAGAGCAUCCAUAAUGAGUUAACAAAUAAUGAUAAUACACCGUUGGUUAUUAUUUAAGCCAAAUUGAACGAAAUCAAUAUUAUGAUAAAUGAAAAGGUCUACAAACACUUAGUUUAUUUACCUGAAACAAUUUAUCCUAAAUUGUCUGAGGGUUAAAUAUUAUAGUAGUUACAAUUAGAGAAAUAGCUGAUAUUGAAAUACAAAGUCAAGGAUGGGUUUUUGAAAAGGCAAGGGCAACUCAUCAAGACAUGGAGUAGUUAAUAUGUGGUGUUAAGUAACUUUGAUUUAUAUUUUUAUGAUUAAGAGAAAAUUCUAAUGGCCAAUUCGCAAUUAAGUUUAUUUAAUUCUACAUUAAAAUAGAUGCAAGUUGAUGAUUAAUUAUACUCGUUUAAGAUAAGAAACAAAUCGGGAGAAUAUAUUUUUGCUUGUGAGAACCAAGCUGAAUUAAGGGAUUGGAUUAAGAAAAUAAAAUUGUAGAUAGAAUAGUAUUAAUCAUACUAAGAAAUUAAAUAGAAAUAAAAUGAAUAAAUAAAGGUUAGAUAAAAUGAUAAAAUGUAAAUUGAUAUAACAAUCAAUAAAUUACAAUUGAAAUUAUACAAGGAAAAUAAUUAUCCAAGUGUUAAUUAAGAGCACCUGUUAUUUUUGUUUAAAUUGAAUAACUUAAAGUUUUAAACUAUAAAAUUGUAGUAAAUUUAACAAAUAAUCUAGAUAAAGAAUUUAUCAAUUUAAGAUUGGAUAUUCGAUUAUCAAAACACUUAAUUCUAGGAUUUGAUAAUUUUAAGUAAUUAGAUUGAAAGUCAACCUGCUUUGAGAAUAGAUAUUACACCAAAGAAGCAAAAGAUAAAGGUAGAUCAGUUACUUAUCAAUUGGAAACCUGAUACUUUUUUAAAGAUCAAAGCACUAUUAGGAAUAAUAUCGGAUAGGAAAUCAAGAAAAUGGUAUUUUGCAGGACUUCGAGAUUUUGAAGCAGAACAAAUGAACAGAGGAAAUAAUUGCGAUUAGGAAUAGAUUAAAAGAAAUAAGUUGAUUGAUGGAUUAAAAAGGGAAUGGAACAAGUGUCAAAGAUAUGGUUAAUCAAAAUUGAGAGUGAAACAUAAGUUCGAUACAUUGGUUGAUCAUUAGAAUUUCCUGAAUGAUUAUCAAUGGGUUGAGAACGAGAUCCUAUCAUCAUAUCAAAUGAAGAGCAGCAAAGACACAGUCAUGGAAUUAGAGACUUCUAUCAAUUUCAUUUCAGUGAAUUUCUUUCAUAGAACCAGUCAUUGUCUGCUCUUUAAAUGUGAAAUGGACUAGGUCUAAUUUAAUUUUAAACAACUAUAAUUUAGUUAAUUUUUGAAUGCUCAAUUGCAAGAUAUUAGUCUAUAUGAUAUGACUAACUAUCCCUCCACAAUAAAUAGCAAUAGAUAGUUUGAUUAGAUCAAACCAUAUAAGUUAAUAGGGAAGAGAGAUAUUUAUGAUGACUGGGCAAUCAGAUUUAGCUUCAGUGGAUACGAUGAAAUCAUUAUAGCCAAUCAAGAUAGGGUUAAUACUUUCUUAUUGAUUGAAAUCAAUCCCAUAUUUGCUUGUUACUAACAUUAACCUUUAAUGAGACAGAUCGAUUAUAUAGUUAAUUAAAUAGUAACUUUGAUCAGAGAACCUGAGGCAUUGACUAUGAAUACAGAGUAGAGUGAAUAGAGAAGAAUGAAUAACAAAAAUUUUAAAGUCAAAAGAGUCUGGGGAGAUGUAGAUCUAAUUUAGUCAAAGUUCAUUUGUCCAACCUUUAUUGAUAUAAGAAUUGUGCUCACUAAACCAUUGAUUAUUCUCAAAGGGUGGCCUGAGUUUUCGGAAUAUUUUUAAUUGGACUGUGAUGUUUUGAAAAUUUAUAAUAAAUAAGAGAUAGAUAUGAGUAGAUUAAAAUAAAAUGGAGGUAUUAAACUAAUAUAAUCAAAUGAGUAAUGGAUGCCUGAUGGUAGCAUCAACGAAGCCUGGAACGAGGCAUAUUGUAUUGAAGGACACAACAUGUAAAUCUAAUAUUACGAAAAUGGGAUCAAUUAAAUCAGCUCUUUAUUUGAAUUAAAUUUAUCUUUUGAAAGAGUGUUGUAUUACUUUGAAAUAAGCGAAUUGUAUGAUAAUGUAGAAAUGGAUAGAAGUAUCAAAAUUAGAUCCUGUAUGUCCCCUAUGAUUUUGAAAUUAUACAGAAAAGAAUACCUAGAAUUAUGUAAAAUGAUUUUUCAUAACUUUACACAUGAUGAUUUUAAAGAUAAAUUAUAUAUUCAUGAUUUUGAAGUGGUUAGUUAAUUUGAACCUGCUCCAAUAUCAUUUUGGUUGGAUUUUGAAGAUCUAUCAAUAUUUGCUUUGAGUAAGUAAUCUGAAUAGCCAUUGGUGUAAAUCAAUAUGAAUUAAAUGAGAUUAGAGUGGUUAAAAGAGACUGACAUUUAUUUGAAUUUAUUUAGUCAAUCGAUCAGUAUGUAUAACUAUGAUGAAUUCUAUAAUGAAUAUGGGUUUAUGGGAGUAUUGGGUUAAAUUCCAGAUUCAUAGAAACUAUUCCAACUUAAUCAAUUGAUUCAAGGAUAUAAACCAAAAGAGUAAACAGAACAAUUCAAAAAGUACAUUUUCGAUGAAAAUUUCAACAAAAAGCAGUGCUAAUUUACAAUGAUAUUUCAUAUUCAAAAGCCUAGUGCUGAUAAGAGAUGUCAUAUAGAUUUAAAUAAUGUCCGAAUGAUAGUAGAGCCUUAAGUAUUUACGAAUGUGGGUUUGUGGAGUAGAUUAGAAUAAUAGUGUUGGCCCAUUCAAACAGAAUUUGGAGAGAUGCCUAGUAUUGCAGUAAUCAUUAAGAUUCUGGGUUCUAGUCUUUGUUUUUAAGGUUUGGACAAUGAUUUCAUACUUGCAACUAAAGGUGACAUUUCAUAUGUUUGGAAUAGAUGUAGGUUUAUGAAUCCAGAGCAAAUACUAAUAAAUUUGAAGAAGGAUCAAUUAGAUAAAAAUUAAGUGGAAAUCAUUGGGGAUGCCUUUGAACAUUAAGUGAAUUUAAAAAAUCUGGAAUUCUUUAAAUGCAAAUUCGCAGAUUAUAUCAAUUUUGAUCUUAUUUUAGUGAGAAAGAGACAAAUCAUAAUGCCAUUCUCAUUAUUUUUAAGUCUAAAAAAUGAGUUAUAGGUAGAAUUUAACAAAUAGUUCAUCUAUUACAAUAAUAAGCUUUCGUUUUAUAUAGACAAAACAGUUUGUAAAUUUUCAUAUUAAGAUUUCCUAUUGAUGAUGAGUAUUUCAGAUAAGCUGAAAUCAAGCACUUAGAAGAUUAUUCGUGAACCUAUUUAUUAAUAAGAGGAGAUAAUAAAUUAAGAAUAACCAAUCAAUGACUCAUAUGAUGUUAUCAUAAGUGGGUUACAAGUUGUUGUGAUUAAUGAUGCAGGAGAAGUAUAUGUCCCAGUCUUUGAUGUAACAUUAUCAGAGACUCAGUUACAGUUUUAAAGAAUCAAUUCGAAGUCUAUCUAUUCUACUAUCAUUAAAUUAAGUAGUUCAUUUUACAAUCCUAAAAUUGCAGUUUGGGAACCUAUAUUGGAGUGUUGUAAUUUUUCAGUUGAUGUAUCUUUAAAUCCUAAGGGAGAGCCUCAAUGUAUCAUCUAUUUAGAAAUGACUUAGGAAUCAGAAACUUUGAAUAUCAACUUAUCCGCUCAGAUGAUCAGUGUAUUUCACAAGACGUUCAUAUCCUGGAAAUAGGAAGAGGAGACAAAUAAAAAUGAGAAAGAUCAGGAAUAAUCUGAAAAAUAAAUGGAGAAUUAUACCAGUAUUUAAUUAGAUAAAUCUUCUCAAAUUAUGUAAUAGCAGACAUCGAAGAUUCAGAAAUAAUAGAUAUUUUAAGAUGACAGAAUUGACAAUGUUGAUUAUGUAUCUCCUUAUACCAUCAGAAAUGAAACUGGAUUUGUACUUGAGAUCAGUGAUACAGCAAAUAAGAAUAAGAAGUAUAUAUUGGAAUCAAGUUCAUCCAUUAAUUAUGAGAUUGAUGCUGAUUUUGAUCAAAUAUUCAGAAGAGAAAGAGAAGACAUGCAAUAGCAAUAGUAAAGAUUGGUUACCGUAAAGGUUAUACAUGACAAAUAUGAGUUUGAACCAAUAAAACCCCUAGAUCUAGAUUGCAUCAAAGUUACCAGAUGCCCAAUCAAACCACUUAAUAAAUACACUGAUAUGACUUUUAUGUUAUUUACAGAAGUGGUGCCUAAAGACACUAGGAAGUUGCUUUUAAUUUCCUCUGAAAUAAUUAUCUUCAACCAAACCGAUAGGCUUAUUGAUAUACAAUUAUUUGAUAUGCCAGGUUAAAUAGAAUAAAACAUUUAUGAAACAUAAAUUGCUCCUUAUAGAGCAUUUAGUGUCCCUAUUGACAGAACUAGACAAUAUUUCAAAUUCAAAUUUAAUGGUUAUUAAAAAUAUUGCAAUUACAUCUAUUUAAGAUAUUUAUAAGAGAAUUUUGAUUAGAAAUACGAGCAAUAGCAUAAUGAUUGUUACACAAUUAUUAGAUGUUCUAAAAGGAAUGUAAAUUAAACCCUUAUUUAUUUGGAAUCUCCAUUUUAAAUUAAGAAUUGUUUGCCAGUCCCCAUUUCAGUCGAAUUAUAUGGAGACUCUGAACAAGACUUGUCGCAUGAUGCUGUCAUAAUAUACCAACAAUAAAUGGAGGAGGAGCAAUCAAAUUUAACUAAUAUCACACUGAAACAUCUAGAUAAAUAUCAGUAUGACAAUUUACAAAAGAAGGAGAAGGGAUAAAUUUUGAAGCAAUAAUAAAAAUUAAUUCAUACUAUUUCAACCAAAGGGAGAUUGGCAAUCACAGUCAAAUUGCCAUAUUUUUAGGUUUCAGGAAUUCAUAUGUUGUAUCAUGCCAAAUUUGGUCCUUUUCAAGUUGACAAUAUCCAAUUAUGCGAUAAUUUUGGAAAUACAAAUGGAUAUUUAUUAAUUGAUCAAAUCAAAAAUGUAUUUUACAUAUACUGCCAAUAAAUGAUCGUAAAUGAAUUACCCUUUAAAGUAUAUAGUUAUGGGAUGACAGACAUAAAAAAAGGUAGUCCAACUCUAAUAGCUGGUUAACAUACAAAAGAAUUUGAAUAAAAUGAGUUAAACGAUACUCAUAAUAUUACACUAUUCAACGACUAGCAAUACUUAUCGUUUUCUAUCAGUGAGAGAUCUGCUCAACUUUCGGAAACUCUAAACUUGAAUUAUACAGGAAAUCAAACAGUUCGGAUAUAAAAUAGUUAAAAUCAAAUUAUGGAGGUGGGCUAUAAUAUUUCGUUAAUGUGUGUGGACAAACAAAAGCCCUUAGUUACUAAGGUAUUAACUAUUUCCCCAAGGUUUAUAAUAGUUAAUCAAACGCAAAAAACUAUUCAUGUAUUGCAAGAAUCCGUUCAUCAAUAUUUAGAGAUCAACUCAAUGGAUAGAAAACCUUUAGUUUGGUAUUCCCUACGCUAUCAGUACAUCUCAAUACAAUACUUAGAUGAUAAUAUAUAGUGGAAACCUACCAAUCCAAUUGAUCCAAAUGGGAAUGGGUUCUAAUGUUUUACUAUGAGAGCUGUUAGGAAUUAAUAAAUAACCAAACACUUCAAUUGUAUAACAAAAAUAGACAAUCAAAUAGUUUAUCUAAUUAUUUUAGAAUGCAAAUAACUAGAUCCAUUAAAUUCAAGGAUUGAACAAUCAUAAAGGAACUCUAUUCUUCAACAAUAAUAAUAAUCAUAAAUUGGUAACAUCAACUAGGUGGAUCCUCCUUAUGUAAUAGUUAAUAAUUUGGAAUUAGUGACAUUGAUAUGUUAUCAGUACUGUUGCUCAGAAGAAAAGUACAGUCAUCAUUAUACAUUCAACGAAUACAAAUUGUACAUAAAUAAUAAUAUGCAAUGUGCUUUCUCAUGGGAAUAUCCUUGUGAAAGAAGGGAGUUAGUGAUACACCUCUAAUUCGAAGGGGAUUUAAGCACUCAUUAUAGAUUAAAUCCAAUAUAUAUCAAUCUUGAGGAAGCAGAGGCUGUUCAAGAGUAUGUAAUUUCAAGUUUAAUAAAUGAAAAACAACAAUACAAAUUUUAUAUUAUUUCCCUUUGGGAAGGUGCUAGUAGGAAAUUAAAGUUCUAAUAAAAAUUGUAGAACUAAUAAAAUUAACACGACACCAAUAUUCUAAAAUUCGAUGUCAAUUUAAAUCAAGUAGGUAUUUCCUUGAUAGAUUAAUGUUACACUAAAAGAGUAGAGUUGAUUUACAUAUUUUUCUAAGGACUUGAAUUCAAUUUAUUAAAGACAACACAGAGUAAGAGAUCUGAAUUCAGAGUGAAAUACAUCAACAUUGAUAAUAACACAUCCAGUAAGACUAUGUUCCCUGUUAUUUUUACUCCUACUGCAUAAAAGGAGAUCUUCGAGUUUAAUAAGCCUCAUUUGUCCUUGGUACUUGAACAAUCCACUUAAGUCAAAUCGAUUUCAUUAAUUAAAAACUUUACAGCUUGUUUACAACCUACUACAAUAAGAUUGACAUCUGAAGUGCUCGAAAUACUGUAUUCUAUUUAUAAAUAGAUUACAUUAUCUUUCAUUUCUAAUAGGCAGAGCGAAGAGUAAUUGAAAUAGUUUGACUUUGAAUAUGCGAUCAGUUAAGAUGAAUAGUAGAUAUUCCAAUAGGCAAAUAGUUUAACAUUAUCAAAUAAGGUGUAGAAUAAAUAUGGAGUAGGAUCCUUCGGACUUUAGAACUUGAUAGAAUGGCAGGAGUUAAGGAUCGAGUUGAAUGAUCAAUAGGCAACAUACAUCAACAAGAUUGAGAUAUCUCCUUUGAACUUCAAUUUGACCUUCUACAGUAGUGCGAAGUCGAAUUUACAUUACAAUAUGCUGAUGCAGAUUUUUAAGACCAUAGGUAUUGUUAUAGGCAACAUUGAUGAUGCUCCGCUGAUAUUGGGGGGUAUAUUUUUAGAGAAUUCGUUUGAUACAUCUAAUGCCAUUCUUAAUAAGUUAACUACUCAUUAUAAGGACAUGCUCUUUAAUCUGAUCUUGAAAUUAAUAGGUUCGAUCGAAUUCUUUGGUAAUCCUGUUGGAUUGGUGAAGCAUUUAGCAAAAGGAGUUUAUGAUCUAUUUGAUAAACCGAUUGAAGGGUUCAUUAAGGGACCGGUUGAAGGUAGCAUAGGUAUAGUGAGAGGAGCAGGAAGUUUAGUCUAGAAUACAGUAGGUGGAGUAUCAAAUUCAACGAGCAAGAUUGCUGGUAGUAUUAGUGGUAGUCUGGCAUAUAUCAGUUUAGAUAGACAAUACAAGCAGUAGAGAGAAUAAAUUAGAGUUGUGAAGCCCAAUUAAAUUCUUUCUGGGAUUUAUUUAGGAGGGAAAUUGUUAUAUAUAUCAUUGAAUCGAGCCUUUGUUGGAGUGUUUGAUAUCCCUGUUACUUAGGCAAGGAGAAAGGGAAUAAAAGGAUUGACUAUUGGGGUUCUUGAAGGGACUGCUGGAUUCUUUAUUAAGCCAUUUGCUGGAGUGUUUGAUUUUGUGAGUAAAACAACUGAUGGUUUAAAAGCAACAGCUCAAUAUUGGAAUGACAAGGCUAAUGAUAAGAGGACCAGAGACAUUAGGGUGAUAUAUUAGAAGGAAUAACUAUAUAAAAACUAUAAUGCUAAGGAUGCUGAGAUCAUGCAAUUCUUAAUCAAUAUCAAUAAUAAAUUAGAAGAUUAUUAUUAUUAUGAUAGUUUCGAGUAUGAGUCUGGGAGUGCAUAAUUGGUGUUUGUUUUGAUGUACUAACAAUUCUUCAAUUGUGACAGAAAGAAAAGGAGUUUCAUUUGGCAGAUUGAUCCAAACAGUGUGUAAGAUAUUCAGAAGAUAAAUGACGGUGUUUUGUUUUUGUUAAAGGAAUACAAUGAGAAAUACAAAGUAAUAUAAUGCAAUUUAUUGAAUAGGCUAAACAGGUGCAAUUGCACAUGACAUAGUAAAGGUAGAUGGAUUAGGUGAUAUUAAAAUCUUAAUGGCUCUUGAGUAAUAUUUGA